AACUCCACAUAUACAAAUAUAUAUCUUAAUACUGAAGAAUUAAUUUCUCUUGUUGAUAUCUACCCAAAAAAAUUAAUUAGCAAUAGUAGUUGAUUUUUUUUAUUGAUUGCUGUUUUGUGAGGUACGAUAAAUAAUUGUAUAAAGUUUCAACUUGAUCCGAGAAUGGCUAUGGUGAAAUAACGUGUCCAAAUGUUUUACCAGACAGAGUUGCUACAACUUUGUACAUUGAAAGUUUCUAGUGUCGGCGAGGGAUUUCCAAGAGUUGAUGUCUUUGUGAGAGGAAGUGACACAAAGUUUAUUAGAGGUUUCCUUUUCCGACCUUGAUGAUGGGCAGAUGACAAGAGCUGUAUAUUGUCUACAAAUAUGGACUCUAAAGAAUUCCGCAUCCGAGGCCAAGAGAUGGUGAAUUACAUAGUUGAUUACUUAGAGAACAUACGAGAAAGAAUGCCAAUGCCAAAUGUUGUACCUGGUUUUUUAAAAGAGUUGAUACCAGAUGAAGCUCCCCUGGAAGGAGAAAGUUGGCAAGAAAUUCAGAAAGAUAUUGAACGUGUAAUUAUGCCUGGAGUGACUCACUGGAACAGUCCACAUUUUCAUGCCUACUUUCCUACAGCUAACUCUUACCCUGCAAUAUUGGGAGACAUGUUGUCAGAUGCUAUCAGUUGUAUUGGAUUUACUUGGGCCUCAGGACCAUCUUGUACAGAGCUGGAAGUGUCUAUGAUGGACUGGCUAGCCAAAAUUUUACAGCUUCCAAAACAUUUUCUAUUUUCUGAACAAGGGAAAGGAGGAGGAAUUAUUCAGGGAACAGCAAGUGAGGCUACUCUAGUAGCUCUGCUUUCAGCAAGAACAAAUGUGAUCAAAACUGUUAAGGCAGAUAAUCCAGAUUUAACUACAGGACAAAUUCUGGACAAGUUGAUUGCAUAUACAUCAGAGGAGUCUCACUCCUCUGUAGAACGUGCAGGUCUGAUUGGCUUAGUACAAAUGAGAACCCUUCCAACAGAUGACAGGGGCUCAUUGAGAAUUGAUAUACUAGAAGAAACUAUAGCACAAGAUCAACAGAAAGGAUUAAUUCCUUUUUUUCUGUGUGCAACUAUAGGUACUACAUCUACUUGUUCAUUUGACAAUCUCUCAGAGAUAGGACCAAUAUGCAAUCAUCAUGACAUCUGGCUUCAUGUGGAUGCUGCCUAUGCUGGCAGUGCCUGUAUAUGUCCUGAAUUUAGAUAUUUGCUAGAUGGCAUAGAGCAUGCUAUGUCUUUCAACUUCAAUCCUCACAAGUGGUUACAAGUAACAUUUGAUUGUUCUGCUAUGUGGAUAAAAGAUAGAGACUUAGUUAGUGGAGCUUUUGAAAUGAAUCCUGUUUACUUAAAACAUGAGAACCAAGGCCAUGCAAUGCCUGAUUACAGGCACUGGCAAAUUCCACUCGGCAGAAGAUUCAGGUCUUUGAAACUUUGGUUUGUGCUCAGAUCCUAUGGAGUCAGUGGUUUACAGAAACAAAUUAGAAAAGACGUCCAACUAGCUCACCAGUUUGAGGCUCUCGUUCGAGAUGAUCCAAAAUUUGAAAUUGUUAGAGAAGUGACUUUAGGACUAGUGUGCUUCAGACUUAAGGCAUCUAAUGAAGCUAAUGAGAUGUUACUCAAGAAAAUUAAUGAUGAUCAUCGCAUCCAUCUAGUGCCAUCAAAGAUUAAGGACAAAUUCUUUCUUCGUUUUGCAGUGUGUGCCACCUCAACCCAACCCUCUGAUGUAGGAUUUGCAUGGUCUGUUAUACAGGAGCUGACACAUAGUCUUAUUCAGUAGAACAUUUUCUGUAGUGCUGGUUUUUUUUUUGUUGAAAAACAUUUUGUACACACACACAUUGUUACUAGAUCAACCAACAAUUCUAUACACAUUGUUACUAGAUCAACCAACAAUUCUACACACAUUGUUACUAGAUCAACCAACAAUUCUAUACACAUUGUUACUAGAUCAACCAACAAUUCUAUACACAUUGUUACUAGAUCAACCAACAAUUCUACACACAUUGUUACCAGAUCAACCAAAAAUUCUACACGCAUUGUUACUAUAUCAACCAACAAUUCUAUACACAUUGUUAAUAGAUCAACUAACAAUUCUGUGUUAUCCAAGUAUUAUGCAAAAACUAGAUAUUUGUUUUCUAAGUUGCUUUAGUCAAAAUGAAUGUUUUUUAUAUUUUAGCUUCUAGAAUGAAACCAGUGCUACAUUUGUUAAGAACAAACCUUAUAGGAAAAAUCCUACAAGAAUUUCCUCUUUUUUUGAACUAUGAAAUUCAACUGUUAAAACAAAUUUGAACUUAAUAUUUUCAGUCCAAACUGAAAACACCUUAACUUCACACGGCACUUAGACAGAGCUCAUUAAUUCAUCUUCACCAGUCCCUUUGUAGCACUAUUGGGGCACCACAUCUGUGGACUGGCUCUUUCAAUUUCUUUUCUUUUGACAGGAUUAGUUGAUAUUUUUCAUUGACAAUGUUCUCCAUUAUUAUUAUUAUUAUUAUUAUUACAAAAAAUUCAAGAUAAUAUUGUAGAACAUGUAAGAGCUUUAUUUUCACAGCUACAUGCUCAGGUUAUACAAAUAAUGAGAACAUUAGACACUAGGACUUUUUUCUGAAAGAGGAAAAGUGCAUUUUCCUUUGUUACCUUCAUGAUGAUGCAGCAUUUUGUUUCUAUAUUUAAAACACUAAGUUCUUAGAACUUUUAAUGCAAAGAUAGACUUUUAUUUCUAACUUUUUUUUUACUUAGAUUCCAUCUCCCUUAGAUAUGUCUAGACUGUGCCCAUUUCAGUAGACAUCUGUUCUACAUUAAUAGACAUGAUGUAUAAAACCAGUGACUUGGCAGAGUUUAGGUCAUUAGUUAAUAUGUAUGACUAAAUGCAUGAGGCAUAGGACGUAAUCAUCUUCUUUUUUGAAGUCAUCAUCAUCAUCAAACUCCAUUUGAGUGAGGGCUUGAGAGGCUCAAAUCCUCUCUUGCAAAAGCCCUGGACAGAAACCCUGCUGUCUUGCGUAGUGCAUAAAUGUCAAGAAUUUUUGGUUUCCCAGUCCUGUCGAGACGAAGAUCAGCAAGUCUGGGGCAGUCAAACAGAAUAUGAGGCAUGGCUUGCUCUUCUUCCCCGCAGCAGGGAAAUUCGGCCAUAGCUGUGAGAAAUAUGACCCAACAGGACAAUGGCCUGUCCUGCACUGUGCUAUAAUAGCUUGCUCAGGCCUGGACAGCCUCCACCACGAAGAAGUGCGGUCAGGGCACCUCAUGCGCUCCCACUCCACGGGCUUUUUGGGACUUGUCCCAGCACUCAAACCACUUUUCCAUUUCUGUUUUUUUUAAAUUAUAGCCAGAGCAUGAUGAAAACUUACAGCCUGUUCAGUGGGUGGAAUUUGCCCUCCCUGGUGGGCCAAGGAGUCUGCAAUAGUGUCUUUUUUUAAGUAACGUCUGCAUCAUAAAAUAAGAUAAGAAGAAGAUCACUAAGUCUAAUUACAAUAUAAAUUGUUUUUUGAAUAGCUAUCUGUUAUUCCUCUUUAGGGUGUAGCUUUUACCUAUUAGUUUAAUUAAAAAAAAUUUUAGUCUUGGAGUCUUGACAUUCUUUAUCAAACACAUUAUAUUUUAAGACAUUUUCUUGAACUUUUUUUUAAAAUUAAAAUUAUGUGCUAGCAGAUAUACACAUGAUAGCCAACAUUUGUUUGAAUAAAGUCAAAGACAACACAAUGGAUCUAAACAGUGUCUACAUUUGAGUGAAGUGAUGGAGAUGAGAACUCAACAUUUCAGUUGAUGAUCUAAGGAAUAUUCAUGCACAUUGUCAUCCACAUUGGUCAGGGGGUGUUGAUUUCUAUAAAUAACAUUUACCUGUACAUACUUACAGUACAGACACCUUACAAUUUGCUUUCUAUAUUAGAUUGUCUAAUCAACUGAUUCCCCCCCCCCCCCCAUCUAUUAGAGCUUACAUUAAUACCUUUUUUUUGUUUGAAUGUGAGUACAAAAUGUCUAUUAUUAGAUCUGAUUUUCUUUUAUCAUUACACAAUGACCUGAAGCUUUUAUGUACAAAACAAUUUUUACUCAAGUUUUUAUUCUGUCAUUAUUGUAUUUUGAUGUUGCUAUGACUUGUACAAAUCAUUCGAAUCACUUCAUGUCCAAAUCUUCAAGUCUAAAGUUUAAGGAGCUGUGGUGGCUGAGUGGUAAAGCAUUUGAUUUCUGAACUGAAGGAUCCUGGGAUUCUUAAUUUAGGGAUCUUUGGGGGUGCCUCUGACUCCAAUCAGCUCUAAUGGGUACCUUACAUUAGUUGUGGAAAGUAAAGGAGGUUGGUCUUUGUAAUGGCCACAUGACACCAUUGGGGCUACAGAAACAGAGGAUUAUCCGCCCUAGAAGUCACAAGGUCUGAAAACAAAAAUUAGCUUACUACCUAUUAAAAAAUGCAUCUUUUUUUUUGUUUGCCACUGCACAUGGAGACUAGGGAGCUGAAAUUGUAGGCUAAUUACUUUGACCAAUGUUUCUCAAACUUUUACAUGUGCCUCCCCCCCUUUUCCCCAAGAAUUUAAUUAAAGCACAAUAUUUUGGGCUUUCUUCACAUAUCUAUUUACAAUAUGUUUGGAAUCCUUUUACAUAAUAGAUGUUCAUUAGAGCUAGUCUUUUUUCUUUCAAAGCUAAUGUUUCAUAGAUCAUUUGUAAAGUCUUUUAUAAAUGUUCUUUCUGGAGUUAAUAGUUGAGUGGAAGCAAGUCUCCCCCCCCCUCUCCCACCAGGGUCCAGGGCAGAGCCCCAGUGCCAAAUAUUUAUCUAGAUUCUAAGCUUCAGAAAUUCAUUCUCCUGGAGUCAAUAACACACUUCUAUUGUAAGAAGAACAAAGAUUAAAUAACGUUACUGUAAGAAGUUGUGUGAUGGGAUGAUAUUGAAAUGUUUCCCUGCAUUGAAGAAGUGAAAAUCCAUUCUACUGGUACGUUAUAAAAAAACAAGGGACAUGAGAUACAUAUAGUGAAUGUACGUCUGUUAUAGAAUCUUGUUUUAAGUACACCUAUAAAUUUUUUGUUGUCAUGCAAAAAUUUUAUUAGAACAAAUUCCACUUUUCUAGUCAAGUAAAAUUGCCUUAGCAAAGAUGCAGUAAGACCUCUUAACAAAAAAAAAAAAAAGUCAAUCUUGUUGCAAAUGAAAAUGGUAGACAUUAUAUGGAGUUUCUGCUUAGAAGAUGAAAGAUGUUCCUUAAUUCAAUUCAUUUAACUUUUGAUACAUAGGGAAUAAUCUUCACUUGGUUUGUAUUCAUUGACAACUACAAUGAAAAUAUUUUGUUGUCCCUUCAAAAAUACAUUUGACCUCUUCACUUUGAAUAAUUAGAGCCCAAAGACUUUAGAGACUUCCUUGGUUGUGAGUUUUUUUUAAUAUUUGUGUCCCAUAUACACUUACAAAUUUAUUUUUUUCCUUAAAAUAAAACUAGAAUUGUCUAUUUCAAUUUUUUUUCAAAUAAAAGUAUUUCUAUUGAAAAAAGAGAGAAAGUAUUUUUGCACAUCAUUUUUUUAUUUACACAAAACUGGAGCUGAGUACGGAAUGAAACACCAUGAAAUUUGGACAUUUGUUUGUUGUCAUCAAGAAACUAGAAUACAUUGAAUGACCAAAUAGUACAUAGAAAACUGAUCAAAACAAAUAGACAAGAAAAUGAUUUACACAUGAUGCAAAAAAAACAACAACAUUGCUUGAAAACAACAGCCAACUAUUUCAACCCAUUUGAUGAGAUCAUCAAACAUGGGAGAUCACUCAGAGCAAAAAUAUUUCACUUCUAACAGUUGACUAGGAAAUAAACACAUAAAAAAAAAACUUUACACAAAAAAUAAAAAUAAAUUAAGAUCUUUGGUAAAACCAGUGUAUUGUACACAGAGAUUUGGUGUGUACAUAUAUUUGAUAAAACAAAAGUUAAAAUUGAUAGUGUAGAAUUUUGUUUAGUUUAAAAUAAAAUGACAUGUCCAAAAAAUAAGUCUGUUAACUUGAAUGAAUAUUCUAAUUGUUUUUGUACUAUUUUGAAUGUCCAAUUAGUUAAGAAUUUAAACUGAAAACUAAAACACAAAAAUCACAACCAUGUAAGAAACAGGGAUAACAAAAAAAAAACAA